GAGGUGUCGCCCCCGCCGCCGCCGCCGCCGCCGCCCUCGGGCCGGGCCGAGCUGCGAUGCCCUCGGACUUCAUCUCAUUGCUCAGCGCCGACCUCGACCUGGAGUCGCCCAAGUCCCUGUACUCGCGAGAAUCUGUCUAUGAUCUUCUCCCGAAAGAGUUACAGUUACCUCCAUCCAGAGAAACAACUGUAGCAUCCAUGAGUCAAACAAGUGGUGGUGAGGCGGGAUCGCCUCCUCCAGCUGUAGUUGCUGCUGAUGCUUCUUCAGCUCCCUCCUCUUCCUCCAUGGGCGGUGCUUGCAGCUCCUUUACCACCUCUUCCAGCCCUACCAUUUAUUCUACCUCAGUCACGGACAGCAAGGCUAUGCAAGUGGAGAGCUGCUCCUCAGCCGUGGGGGUAAGUAAUCGAGGGGUAAGUGAAAAGCAGUUAACCGGUAACACAGCCCAGCAGCAUCCCUCAACACCGAAGAGACACACAGUCCUCUACAUCGCACCACCACCGGAGGACCUGCUGGAUAACAGUCGGAUGUCCUGCCAGGAUGAAGGGUGUGGAUUGGAAUCUGAGCAGAGCUGCAGUAUGUGGAUGGAGGAUUCCCCCUCCAACUUCAGUAAUAUGAGCACCAGUUCCUACAAUGAUAACACUGAGGUACCGCGUAAAUCUCGCAAACGAAAUCCAAAGCAGAGACCGGGGGUCAAACGACGCGAUUGCGAAGAGUCCAACAUGGAUAUAUUCGAUGCCGACAGUGCCAAAGCACCUCACUAUGUGCUUUCCCAGCUUACUACGGACAGCAAAGGAAACUCAAAAGCAGGAAAUGGAGCAUCUGAAAAUCAGAAAGGAACUGGAGCCAAGAAGAGCCCUAUGCUUUGUGGACAGUAUCCUAUUAAAAGUGAGGGAAAGGAGCUGAAAAUAGUGGUACAGCCGGAGACCCAGCACAGAGCUCGAUACCUGACCGAGGGCAGCCGUGGCUCGGUGAAAGAUAGGACCCAGCAAGGAUUUCCUACUGUAAAGUUGGAAGGCCACAAUGAGCCUGUAGUGUUGCAAGUGUUUGUGGGGAAUGAUUCUGGUCGAGUGAAACCACAUGGGUUCUAUCAAGCCUGCAGGGUAACUGGACGAAAUACAACCCCCUGUAAAGAAGUCGACAUUGAAGGCACUACAGUAAUAGAAGUUGGCCUCGAUCCUAGCAACAACAUGACCCUUGCGGUGGACUGUGUGGGGAUACUGAAAUUGAGGAAUGCUGAUGUUGAAGCUCGAAUAGGAAUCGCUGGAUCCAAGAAAAAAAGCACUCGGGCCAGAUUGGUAUUUCGAGUUAACAUCAUACGAAAAGAUGGCUCAACUUUAACUCUGCAAACACCUUCUUCUCCAAUCCUGUGCACUCAACCAGCAGGAGUGCCAGAAAUCUUAAAGAAAAGCCUGCACAGUUGUUCAGUCAAAGGAGAGGAGGAAGUCUUUUUAAUUGGCAAGAACUUUCUGAAGGGAACUAAAGUCAUCUUUCAAGAGAAUAUUUCUGAUGAAAGCUCAUGGAAAUCAGAAGCUGAAAUAGACAUGGAAUUAUUUCAUCAGAAUCAUCUUAUUGUUAAGGUGCCUCCAUAUCAUGACCAAUAUAUAACCUCACCCGUGUCCGUGGGGAUAUAUGUGGUAACUAAUGCCGGAAGAUCCCAUGAUGUACAACCCUUCACUUACACUCCAGAUUCAGCUGGUUCUCUGAAUGUAAAUGUGAAGAAAGAAGUAUCCAGCCCAGCCCGACCUUGUUCUUUUGAAGAAGCUAUGAAAGUAAUGAAAGCCACUGGUUGUAACCUAGAUAAGGUAAAUAUUCUUUCUAGUGCCUUGAUUCCUCCCACUUCACUCAUGCCGAGCAGCGUGAUUAAGAAUGAAGAUGUUACUCCAAUGGAAGUAACAGCAGAAAAGAGACCUUCUCCUGUCUUUAAGGCAACAAAGGCAGUUGGAUCAACUCAGCAGACGUUAGAAAACAUCUCCAGCAUAUCAGGAAAUGGAUCUUUUUCAUCUCCCGCUUCCCACUUAUCUCCGGACAACGAAAAGCAGCAGCAGAUUCAGCCUAAAGUAUACAACCCAGAGACACUGACAACCAUCCAAACACAGGACAUUUCCCAGCCUGGGACCUUUCCAACCGUUUCUGCUCCCAGCCAGCUGCCGAACAGUGAAGCAUUAUUGCAGCAGGCCACCCAGUUUCAGCCCAGAGAGUCUCAGUCCAGAGAGGUCUUGCAGUCAGAUGGUACCGUGGUUAAUCUGUCCCAGCUGACGGAUGCGUCUCAGCAGCAGCAGCAGCAGUCGCCGCUUCAAGAACAAGCCCAGACCUUACAGCAGCAAAUUUCAUCCAGCAUUUUCUCGUCCCCGAGCAGCGUGAGUCAGUUACAGAGCACCAUCCAGCAGCUGCAAGCCGGAAGCUUUACGACCAGCCCUUCUAGCGGGAGCAGUGGGAACGUCGAUUUGGUCCAGCAAGUCUUGGAGGCCCAACAGCAGUUAUCUUCAGUCCUGUUUUCCACGCCGGAUGGUAACGACACCGUGCAAGAGCAACUCAGUGCCGAGAUUUUUCAGCAAGUCAGUCAGAUUCAGAACAGCGUCAGUCCCGGACUGUUUUCCUCAGCAGAGCCAACUGUCCAUCCUCGACCGGAAAAUUUACUGUCUGGAAGAGCUGAAAGUGUUCAUUCCCAGACUGAGAGCGCAUUAUCCAGUCAACAGCAGCAGCAGCAACAACAACAACAGCAGCAACAGCAACAGCAGCAGCAGCAGCAACAGCAGCAGCAGCAAGCGUUGGAAUCCUCAGCAGCCAUGGUAAUGGAAAUGCAGCAAAGUAUCUGCCAGGCGGCCGCCCAGAUACAGUCCGAGCUCUUCUCGCCCACCGCUUCGGCUAGUGGAAACCUCCAGCAGUCCCCAGUGUACCAGCAAGCGUCUCACAUGAUGAGCGCGCUGUCGACAAACGAAGAUAUACAGAUGCAGUGCGAGCUGUUCUCCUCGUCUCCUGCAGUUUCCGGGAAUGAAGCGUCCGCCUCGACUUCUCAGCAGGUCGCCACCCCCGGCCCUGCCAUGUUUCCCACACCGAGUUCAGGAGAUGGAGAAGAAACCGGAGGCCAGGCGAAACAGAUUCAAAACAAUGUGUUUCAGACCAUGGUUCAGAUGCAACAUAGCGGGGAAAAUCAGGCUCCAGUUAACCUUUUUUCCCCUACAAAAGGCAUGAUGACUGUUCAGAGCGGUGGAUCCCAACAGCAAGGAAACGGACUGUUCCAGCAAGGCGGUGAUAUGAUGUCCCUUCAGUCUGGGAGCUUCUUGCAGCAGUCGUCUCAUACGCAGGCCCAGCUUUUCCAUCCUCAGAAUCCUAUUGGCGAAGCGCAGAACUUGUCGCAGGAAACCCCAGGUUCUAUGUUUCACAGCCCAAACCCCAUUGUCCACAGUCAGACUCCCUCCUCUUCCUCUGAACAGUUGCCGUCUUCGAUGUUCCACAGCCAGAGUCCCAUGGCUGUGCUGCAGGGGUCUUCUGUUCCCCCCGAGCAGCAGCCGGCCAACAUGUUCCUUUCCCAGAGUCCUCUGAGCACCCUUCAGAACAAUCCGGUAUCUCAAGAAGAACAGAUCACGUUUUUUGCAACCCAGAACUCAAUCUCCCCUCUUCAGCCAGCGUCCGGCACCGAGCAACAAACUGCUUUCCCACAGCCGUCUCAGAUACCCCACAUCCAGACCCCGCUGCUCUCUCCAGAACAGGCGCAACCCUCUCAACAGGGCUUGUUUCAAGCUCAGGUAUCAUUAGGCUCCCUUCCCCCAAACUCACUGUCUCAGAACCAGCAAGGUACAAUCUUCCAGGCUCAGCACUCGAUGGUCACCAUUCAGAGUAACUCAGCAUCCCAAGAACAACAGCAGCAGCAACAGCAGCAGCAGCAGCAACAAAAUAUUCUGUUCAGUAAUCAGAACACGAUGGCUACAAUGGCAUCUCAAAAACAACCACCCCAGAACCUGAUAUUCAGUCCAAGUCAAAAUCCGUUGACUAACCAGGAACAGCAGAAUCAGGCCCUGUUUCAUCCUCAGAACAGUAUGCCGCCAAUGAAUCCAGAUCAGCAGCCCAUGCAGUUUCAGAACCAGCCCCCAGUUUCUUCUCUCCAGACCCCAGGGUCCACCCAGUCAGAGCAACAACAGCCGUCUCUGUUCCAUAACUCACCUCAGAUUCAGCUGGUGCAAGGCUCUGCCACCUCUCCAGAGCAACAAGUCACGCUGUUCAUCUCAUCAGCUUCCAUGUCGGCCUUGCAAAACAGUAUCAACCAACAGGACUUGCAGCAACCCCCGCUCUAUCCAUCUCAGAACAACAUGACGGGAAUCCAGGGAGCAACAGCUGCACCGCAACAACAACCAGCUCUGUUUCACAAUACUGGAGGAGGCACAAUGAAUCAACUCCAGAAUUCUCCCGGUUCAACUCAGCAGACUUCAGGAAUGUUCCUGUUUGGCAUUCAGAAUAACUGUAGCCAGCUUUUGGCCCCUGGACCAGCUACAUUGCCAGAUCCCCUGAUGGCAAUAAAUCAACCAGGUCAGCCCCAAAGUGAAGGCCAGCCUCCUGUAUCGACGCUUUUGUCUCAGCAGAUGCCUGAGAAUUCUUCAUUACCGUCAUCUAUCAACUCCAACCAAAAUAUUGAAAAGAUCGAUUUGCUUGUCUCAUUGCAAAAUCAGGGGAACAGUAUGACUGGCUCAUUUUAACUGGAAAUUCCAUCAAGAAAAAUCUGACUUCCAAGAUGCCCUUAAACCUGGUGUUCCAGCAUGGAUUAGGGUAUAUGGAACUGUCGCUGUUCUUUGUUUUUUAUUUUUUAAUGUAGAGAAAAUGUAACUGUAUUUGAGCAAAUGUGUAGAUUUCACCCUGUCUGCGAAAGAGUACAUCUUAUAUGCUGCCGGUGCAGUGACUAGUAACCAAUGUUAUCAUCAUUGCAAUACUUCAGGCUCUUGAUCACAGUAAUGACUAAAAAUCUGUGCUUUGUAUUUCCAGUUGGUGGAAUUAGGCAUCGCUACUUCCCUAUCACGUGUGGGGUUGGAAUUCAAAACCAGGCUCCUCGGUUGUUAUUGUCAUUAGAAAAUAACCUUCGUUGCCCUGUUUCCCUCUGUCCUUUCAUCGUUUUUAUUUCCCUCCGUCCCUUCAGUCAAGUAGAGUGGCUUACAAUUUGCAGUUUUCAGUAGAAAAAGCCCAGUUGUUGACCAACUGGAGUGAAGGAAUCACGUUUUCGGUUUUUAUAAAUCAGCUGAAGAGCUGUCACUGGCAAGUGCACUGUAGUAAAAACUCUAUGCAGAGAAGACUACUCUACAUAUUUUAACCAAAAAGCAAAUACUCUGCUACAGCACUGGGAAGAGCUUGGAGUGCUGUGGAGUUCCAGUUCCAGAAAGUUGUUAACAGUUUUCUAAGUAUUUGUAUUAAGGUGUUUAGAUAUGAUUGUGCGUAGAGUAGUAAUUACCUUGCUCAUCAGAGAUGAAGAGGAUGAUUUAGGGUAAAUUAUAUCCUAGGAUCUUUUAAUGAAGUUUGAACUGAAGGAAAAGUUUGAGUGGCUGAGUUUUCAAGCCCUUUGUGUCUCUUACCUAGAAUCCGCAGGUGAGAACCUGUUCCUCGCUACCCAGUCUCCACCCCAACAUUCCCUUUUAUAGUCACGCUUUUCUUCCUCUUGCUCAUUUAGUUGCAGGCAUCUAAUACACUAUUGGCUUUAGGAACCUGAGGCGGUUUAGAGGGAACAAGAGCACUUGAAUUCCCGGUGACUGAUUUUGUCCAACCCUGCAGCCCACAGAACAGAAAGAGCCCUUUCAGAGAUGUGGGGGGAGGCAGUUUGACUCCAGAGAAGCAAUCCAUUUUUUUUCUUUCCACGAACGGUGCUCUUCUAUAGUCUUCAAACGUUCCCUCAGAUUUUGGGAAACAGUGACGUUUUUCAUAAAUGCCAGGAUUUCUUAAAAUGCCUGCUCUCCCCGAGCUGCAAGUGACUAUCAUCUGUCUGGUCACCUCAGUGCUUUACGGUUUCGAGUGGUCACUUUUACUGAGAGUUCCUUCAAGCCUUAGGCUGUACCAGGUCAUUAUCGUUCACUUACAAUGAAGAAUUUGCUCAGAUAUGCGUUAGCUCCAAAAAAAGCAAAAUAACACACUCCAGGACUUGCAGUUGUAGCGUUAAAGUUACAGGCUUUUGGGUGCUGCAACCGACUUCUUGCUACAACCUCUGGUCUGGACAUGUGCUUAGACCUUAUUCUCCUUUUGGCAUGUAGAAAGCUAUUAAUGCUGUUUAGAACCAGACUAUUGUGUACGGCUUUUUAUGCCUUGAUAUACUGUUUCUGGUAUUCUUGUCUAUUUCAUUUUAUUUUUAUUGUUUAAGUACAGAGGAAUAGCCUGUAAAUUGUUAUAAAGUUGUUCUUUUCUGUUCAUUGUUUUUCUAACUUGUACGCCUAGCUGCAUUGUGUAAGAUUGUGGUGUGGUUGGUUUUGUUUUUAUAACCAGAUAUUUUUUUUCCCCUAUUUGUGAUAGUCUCUCCCUGUUCUUUGUAUGUUCUCUUCCUCUUCCUUGUCAUUUUUUCUUGGUUUCCAAUUUCUCUCUCUCUCUCUCUCUCUCUCUCUCCCUCUCCCUUUCGCUCUCUCCUUUUCUCUCCCUCCUUUUCUUUCUCUCUCUGAUUGAGAGGCAUUGAAUUACGUUUUCAGUAGUACAGGCUUCUUGCCGAUAUGAAGGGAACUUUUCAGAAAGAGACCUGCUCUGGGUCAUUUAAUUUUGAAUACAGUUUUCAAUCGUUCAAGUUUUGGAUGGUUUAUAUCUAAUGUGUGUUUCAUUUUUUUGGAAAGCUAUAUUUUGUAUUUAGGAAAUGGUAUACUAUUUUGCUAUUUGUACUGAGUGAGUACAUUGGCAUAAAUAUAAAAAAAAUUUAUAUAUAUACAUAUAUAUAUAUAAAAUAUUCUUUUUUGCCACACAUUUUGUGGUAAAUUUGUGAGUUUGUCUGAUGUUCUACCACAACGUGGCGUCCGAUAACAGUGAGGGGGGUUUUGUUAUGUCUUUAUUAAGUAUUUAAGUACUUUUUGCAUCAUAAAUGACUUGUUCAUCUGUGGCCAUUCCAUCAGGCAGUGCGUUGUUCUAGUGGGCUAAAAAAACAGCUUAAUUGUGUGCUUGCUGUGUCCGUUACUCAGCAACUUACUGCAGUAAGGAAACCCAUUUAGGCAGUUUUGUCCAAAGGAGUUCCGUCAGAAUGAACCAUUCAGCUUUUUGCUCCCUAUGUAUUUAAUAUUUUAUUAUUAUUAAUUGGCUCUGUCUGUUCAAUGCCUUUUAUUUAUAAAUACACUAAAAUCGUAUUUACAAUUUUAGUAAUUAAGAGCAUUUUCCCUACCAUGCAAUAAUGUCCAGAGCUACUUUUUAAAUUGUCUGCACAGAAAACAUUUUAUUUUUUUCUUCCUCAUUUUCUUCACAG